CAGACAAGAAGGAGAAGAAGAAUUACGCAUUUCUGUCAAAUGUCAGUGUCAUCAAGUGGACCUGCGAUUUGAUCAAUUUGACUGGCAGGAGUUUCCUAAUUAUAUAAAAAAUACUAAUUUCCCCCAAAGGGCUCCUUAAAAUGGCAUCUCAAAAACUUUCCUUUGCUCUGAGAAAAUUCAGCACUAGUAAUGUUGCCGGUCAGAUGGUCAAGCCCCCCGUUCAAAUCUUUGGAAUCGAGGGUAGAUAUGCCACUGCUUUGUACUCUGCAGCCAGCAAACAGAAAUCACUUGAAGCAGUCGAAAAGGACUUGCUUGGUCUACAACAGUCUUUGAAAACUGAUGCCAAGUUUAAAGCCUUCAUAAUGAAUCCCACCAUUAAAAGGUCUCUUAAGUCUGAAGCACUUAAAGCAGUUUCUUCAAAGGUUUCAUUAAAACCUGAGUCCGCUAAUCUUCUUCAGGCUUUGGCUGAAAAUGGACGCCUAAAAAAUUUAGAGGGAGUAAUCACUGCUUUCAGGACUAUCAUGGCUGCCCACCGAGGAGAAGUGGUCUGCGAGGUAACUACAGCUAAAGAGCUUGAUGCUGAACAAAAAACUAAGCUGCAAGGAGUAUUGAAGUCAUUCCUGAAAGCAGGUCAAUCCAUCUUGUUGACCACCAAAGUUGACCCUUCAAUCAUUGGUGGAAUGGUUGUAGCAAUUGGAGACAGAUACGUAGAUAUGUCUGUUGCCAGCAAGAUUAAGAAAUAUUCUGAAAUUAUUAGCACUCCAGUUUAAGUUAUUUGUUUAAUAUUUGUAUGUUGUUCCAUAAUAAUGGUAAAUUAGAUUACUAAAUCAGAAUGAA